CCUGGUGUCCACUGGGGAAGCAGCCGAUGUACAACUCGCCGUGCUACCAUCCGCCGAACAAACGCAGCCCGACUUGAUGUACAUGAACAAACGCAGCCCCAUGAACAACCCGUACCUGCACAUGGAGCCGGCGUAUGUUACAGGGUUGCUGCGGGCCGCUGGCGCAGCUGGCAUAUCCGUCGCGACCGCGAAGGAUCUGGAGCAAGCACACCGGGUGGAGCCGACCCAGGCGUACACGCAUCUGGUGUUCCCGCAAGAGGGGCGCGACCAGGCGCUCAUGUACCCGACGCAGGUUGGCGGAGAGGGCCGUGGGCCGGGCGGCCUGAUGAAAACGGUUCUCGAUCCCGGCCACAUCUAUUUCCGGGUCCGGCCCAUCGCGCGCGUGUCCGUGGCGACGCGCGAUGCCCUGACCGACGCGCUUUUGGACGAAGACAUCGUCGCGCUCUUCCAAGACACCGCGACCCGGCGCUGCGUGCUCGUUCUGUCCCCGACGAACAGCGUGGAUGAGUUG